UCAAAUAAAGAAAUCCCCAAUAAGUACUGAAGAGAUGUCUAGUGCAAUCUUUGCUUCUCAACCCAUUGCUUACUUUCAUCCAACCCGUUGGAGUGACCAGUUUUUAAAAUUUACUCCUCUCGAUAAGGCAACCCAACUUAAAAAGGAGCAAGAUGUUGAACAUCUAAAAGAGGAAGUGAAAAAAAAGCUACGUGCAAGAGUUGCAAAUGCUAAUAACAAGCCAUUGGAGCUGCUGAAUUUCAUCGAUGCAAUUGAACGCCUUGGGUUGGCGUAUUACUUAGAGAAGGAAAUUGAGGAAGCUUUACUUCAUGUGUAUGAAAACUACCAUGAUCAAUGUGACAGAGAUGAAUUGUACCACGUUUCUACUCGAUUUCGAAUCCUCAGACAGCAUGGUUAUCAUGUGUCUUGUGAUGUUUUCAAGAAGUUUAAGAAUGACCAAGGAGGCUUUGACGAUUGCAUACUCAACGACACUCGAGGCAUCCUAAGCUUGUAUGAGGCAUCCCAUGUUCGUAUCCAUGGAGAUGAUAUCCUAGACGAAGCUAUGGCCUUCACAACUACGCAUCUUAAACUUAUAGUCGAUAAGUUGAGUUCUCCUUUGGCUGAACAAGUAGCUCACGCCCUUCACCAACCACUUCACCUAGGCUUUGUUCGAUUAGAGUCAAAGCAUUACAUCGGAUUUUAUGAACAAGAUGCUUCUCACAACAAAACUCUACUCACUUUGGCUAAGUUAGACUUCAAUUUACUUCAGUUAUUGCAUCGAAAGGAAUUGCAAGAUAUCGAUAGUUGGUGGAAAGACCUGUAUUCGAAGGCACCAUUUGCAAGAGAUAGAUUGGUUGAGGCUCACUUUUGGAUAUUGGGAUGCUACUAUGAACCUAAAUAUUGUCGUGCUAGACAAAUACUCAUCAAACUAUUUAUGAUUGUGGAGGUUUUUGACGACAUUUUCGACGCAUAUGGUUCUCAUGAUAUCCUGAAACUCUUUGUCGAAGCAGUUCAUAGGUGGGAUUAUAGCUACGUAGCUCAACUGCCAGAAUAUUUCAAUAGUGUGUAUCAAGUGCUGCUUGAAACAAUUGAUGGAUUUGAGAAGGAUUUAGCUGAAGAAGGCAGGUCAUACGGUGCACAAAUUUAUAAAGAGCAGUUUUACCGUGGUUGUGAGGCCUGGCUUCGAGAAGCCGGAUGGCUCAAGGAAAAAUAUACUCCCAAAUAUGAUGAGUACCUUGAUGCUUCUAUAGUGUCAAUUGGCCAAAUUCAAGGGAUCGUCGGAUCAUACCUUGGCAUGACCGAACCCAUUGCAACCAAAGACGACUUUGAAUGGGUGUGCCAAGAACCAAUGCCUAAGGUUGUUGAAGCAUCACUGAUGAUUAUAAGGCUUUUAAAUGACAUCGCAAGCACUAAGAUUGAGCAGGACAGUAGAAAUCAUGUAGUUUCUUUUGUACAAUGCUACAUGAAGGAAACAGGAAUCACAGACGAACAACAUGUUUACCAAGUUAUUGAAAAGAAAGUGGAAGAUGCAUGGAAGGAUUUAAACCAAGGAAUGCUUCGACCAUACUCGAUUCCAAAGCCUUUAUUGGAUCGAAUCAUCAACCUUGCUCGUGCACCCGAAAUCUCCUAUAAGGGAAGAACCGAUGGUUAUACUGUUGUCAACCAGAUCAUACAGGAUAAAAUUGCAUCACUACUUUUUGAGCCUAUUCCUAUAUAACUACGUGAAGCAUAAUCUAUUUGGUGUCCUGGCUUGUUGGCCUAUGGACUAUGGUAAUGUCAUCGAAACUCCUGAAAUAAGGCUAUAUUUCUAUUUCAGUUCGUCACAAAAUAAUCAGCACAGUGUGUUCUGAUUUUACUUUUAAUUAGUGUGUAUCAAAUUAAUACCUAUAUUCUCUAUGUUUUGGCAUGUACCUUACAAGUGUAUCAAAUAAACUCUAGUAUUGCAGGGUGAUCUGGUCAUGUACAAAUAAGCAGGGCCGUUGCAAUGGUUUUCGAGGCUCUGUUCUAAAAGAACAAAAGGGCCCUUCAAAAUUUUUAAAUUAUACAAAUUUUUACUUUUUUUAAUCUAUGA